AGGACUGCAGGAGGAUGGAGGCUGCAUGUGAGCAAGAGAGACGGAGGAGGAGGAGGAGGAGAGACUGAGGAGGAGGAGGAGGAGGAGGAGGAGGGAGGGUUAGAGACUGAGGGAAAUAAUUCUGGAACGUGCACGGGAAACACCUCUAUUUUUAGCACAUCUCCUCAGAGAGCGGCGCAGAAGCAUGAGCUGAAUGAUUUUGGCUGGGGAGGGUGGGAGUUCAUGGGGGCGGGUUGA